GUCCAGACAGUCCGGAUAGCGGACCUGGACCUGGACCUGGACCUGGACCCUCUGCGUCUCUGAGACCUUCAGGAACCGCACGAGGAAUCGGAAGUGGAAGGAUCUGUCCGUCUGUGUUUGGUGAUGGUGAACCAGUGUUUCCCGAGGACCCGCUAGAAGACUGGAUGCGGUUGUAGCUAUGGUUACGUCCGGGUGGGGGGCGUGGGCCCUCUCCCCCCGAGGCCUCGUGCUGGUCAUCUGUCUGUCUGCGUGUCUGUCCCAGCAGCCUCGCAUCAGGCCGGCAGACUGCAGGAGGAAGGAGCAUCCGGUGGUCCAGUACCAAGCGUUGAGGCCGUGGAUGUCCGAGUUCUCCCAUCCGGGAGUGAAGGACUUCUCCCAGCUGGCGCUGGACCAGAGCAGAAACCAGCUCAUUGUGGGAGCGAGAAACUUCCUCUUUAGGCUGAGUUUGAACGCCUCGCUCAUACAGGCGAUGGAAUGGGCGCCGGACGAGGACACAAAGCUGUCCUGUCAGAGCAAGGGGAAGACGGAGGAGGAAUGCCAGAACUACAUCCGGGUGCUGUUGAUAAGCGGGACGACGCUCUUCACGUGCGGGACCAACGCCUUCACCCCGGUCUGUGUGACCAGGCAGAUUGGCAACUUCAGCCGGGUGUUGGACACGGUGAACGGCGUCGCCCGCUGUCCCUACGACCCGCGCCACAACUCCACCGCCAUGGUGACGGAGCGAGGCGAGCUGUACGCCGCCACGGUGAUCGACUUCUCGGGUCGGGACCCCGUCAUCUACAGGAGCCUGGGCAACAUGGCGCCGCUCCGCACCGCCCAGUACAACUCCAAGUGGCUCAACGAGCCUCACUUCGUGUCCGUUUACGAGAUCGGACGAUUCGCCUACUUCUUCCUGAGGGAGACGGCGGUGGAAAACGACUGCGGCAAGAUCGUGUUCUCUCGCGUGGCGAGGGUUUGUAAGAACGACAUGGGCGGACGCUUCCUCCUGGAGGACACCUGGACCACCUUCAUGAAGGCCCGACUCAACUGCUCGCGCUCGGGAGAAAUCCCUUUCCACUACAACGAGCUGCAGAGCACGUUUUACCUCCCGGAGCAGGACCUGAUCUACGGGAUCUUCACCACCAAUGUGAACAGCAUAUCGGCGUCCGCUGUCUGUGCCUUCAAUCUGAGCUCCAUCACCGAGGCCUUCAACGGACCCUUUCGCUACCAGGAGAACCCCCGCACGGCCUGGCUCUCCACCCCCAACCCCAUUCCCAAUUUCCAGUGUGGCACGCUGGAGGAGGGGGGCCCCGGUGGGAACCUGACGGAGCGCAGCCUCCAGGACGCCCAGCGGCUCUUCCUGAUGAACGACGUGGUGCAGCCCAUCACCGUCAACCCUCUGCUCACCCAGGACAACCUGCGCUUCUCCAAGCUGGUGGUGGACAUCGUUCAGGGCCGGGACACCCUCUUCCACGUCAUGUACAUCGCCACCGAAUAUGGCACCAUCCUGAAGGCUCUCUCCACAACCAAUAAAAGCCUUCAAGGCUGCUACCUGGAGGAGCUCAGGCUCCUCCCUCAAGGGCAAAUCGGACCAAUUAGGAGUCUGCAAAUCCUUCACAAUGACAGAUCUUUGAUUGUUGGGCUGGAUGACCGAGUGGUGAAGAUCCCGUUGGCGCGCUGCUCCAGCUAUCCUUCUGAAAGUCGGUGCCUGGAAGCUCGGGACCCUUACUGUGGCUGGGAUCACAAGCAGAAGCGCUGCACCACCAUCGAGGAGAGCGCCAACAUGAACCAGUGGACCCAAAACAUCACGGAGUGCCCAGUGAGGAACCUGACACAGGAUGGCGGUUUUGGCACGUGGGCGCCGUGGCAACCCUGUAACCACGACGACGGCGAGGGCUCCGUCAGCAGCUGCGUGUGUCGGUCCCGCUCGUGCGACGGACCCCAGGCCCGGAGCGGCGGGGUCGACUGCAAAGGCCCGACCAUCCAGGUGGCAAACUGUUCCAGGAACGGCGGCUGGACUCCCUGGUGCUCGUGGGACCAGUGCAGCAGCAGCUGCGGCAUCGGGUUCGAAGUGAGGCAGCGGUCCUGCAACAACCCCUCGCCUCGCCACGGCGGUCGAAUCUGCGUCGGCCCGGGUCGAGAGGAGAGGCUGUGCAAUGAGAAGACGCCGUGUCCCCUGCCGGUGUCGUGGGCGGCCUGGGGCCCCUGGGCUCACUGCAGUGCUGAAUGUGGAGGCGGGGUCCAGUCCAGGACCAGGACCUGCGAGAAUGGCAACAGCUGUCCCGGAUGUUCCAUGGAGUUCAAGGCCUGUAACCUGGAGGCCUGCCCUGAGGUGCGCCGCAACACCCCCUGGACCCCCUGGAUGCCCAUCAACGUCAGUCAAGGCGGGUCCAGGCAAGAGCAGAGAUUCAGGUACACCUGCCGGGCGCUGCUCCCCGACCCCCAGCAGCUGCAGCUGGGCAAGAAGAAGACGGAGACCCGGUUCUGCCCCAAUGACGGGUCUGGAGCCUGCCAGACGGACUCUCUGGUGGGUGACCUGGUGAAGACGAGUGGACGGACUUGGUCCCAGCUCCAAGGGGUGCGCUGGGGAUUGUGGGAAACGUGGUCCGGCUGCUCUCAGCAGUGCUCCAGGGGUUUCCGAACUCGGAAGCGUAGCUGCUCGACCGCGGAGGGCCGGACCAACCCCAGCGCCUGCGUGGGAUCCCCGGUGGAGUAUCAGGACUGCAACACUCAGCCGUGCCCAGUGAGGGGAGCCUGGUCCUGCUGGUCCUCCUGGUCCCAGUGCUCGUCCAGCUGUGGGGGCGGACACUACCAGCGGACUCGGACGUGCAGCAACCCCCCCCCUGCCAGCGGAGGAGACAUCUGCAUCGGCCUGCACACUGAGGAGGCGCUCUGUAACACACACGCCUGUGAGGAUUGGGGCGAGUGGACCGAGUGGGGGGACUGCGACGGGGAGGGGCUGCAGCAUCGCACUCGCUGCUGUGCCGAGGGCCAGGAGGCCGCGGCCGGUCUCUGCCGGGGGAACAUCACCAUGUCCAGGUCCUGUCGGCCUCACGAGGUGCCAGUUAUUCUACCUGGACAGGAGGACCAGAGCUGUGGAACCUUCACUUUGUUCCAGCUCGUCGCCGCGGGCUCGGCCAGCUUCUUCUUCGCGGCCUUGCUGUCGGCGCUGGCCUUCGCCUACUGCCACCAAGUGAACCGGCCGUCGGCGGAGUCGGCCGUCAUCCACCCAAGCACGCCCAACCACCUCACCUACAACAAGCCGGGCAACGCCACGCCAAAGAACGAGAAGUACAUCCCCAUGGAGUUCAAGACGCUCAACAAGAACAACCUCCACGCCAACGACGAGACGUGCAACCACUUCCCCUCGCCGAUGCCCUCCGGCAACAUGUUCACCACCACCUACUACCCUCCCGGCACGGGCAAGUACGACUUCCACCCGGACUCCCCCUGCAGGACCUACAUGCACAGCUGAGAGAGAGAGAGAGGGGCGGGGUCAAAUAACGUGUUUCCUCGUUUCAGAAAAUGCACCAAGAUUUUGAUAAAACUCGAUUUUUGGGUCGAGAUCGCGGCAAACGACAAACUCACGUUCCAAAUGAGAUCUUUAAAGACUCGGGUUCACUCAAAUCCCGCCCGUGCACGCAGACCGGUUGGGUUUUCGGUGGCGGCGCAAAGAGAGAAAAAAAGACUUUCUUCCGAGAAUUCUGCAGCAGCGUCUCGUCCCAGAAGCCGCUUCUUUCGCGUCAGAUCUUUCACGAGUCGCUUUAAGCGCGCAAAAGAGCGUUCCGGGUUCAGAGCACGCACCACGUGCACCAAUCGACGUACGACCUGUUGCACACACACACGCGCCAUGUUGUGUUCCUGUCCUUCUGCUGUCGCUGGGCCUUCAGCCUUUAGACUGAACACAUUGAACCUGGAUACGCAUUGUUAGAGUCCACUGCACUUUGAGUCUCCUUCCUUUACUUUUCCACGUUUCUUGUUCUCUCCCGUUCUAUAAAAAGACGUCUGCUUAUUUAGUUUGAAGCGGAAGAGGAAAAACAAAGUGGCAACACAACAAGCUCGCCUCUAAACACCGGACCUCUCCAAGGCCAGCGGCGUGAGAGCCGGUUCGGACCGGAUGGCCAGGCCUUCUUGGACAAUGUAGGUAUCUGGAUUCCCGCUGGACGUGUUUUGGGGAUUUUUUGUACUUUUCCUCCUUCUCAGCGGACUCAAUAUUACCGUAAAAACAUGUUAUUGGACAUCAGUUAAAAAAACUAAACCGGACAAAUUGUGAGGAACAUCCCUCACUGUCUGUGAAGGAAGCAGAGAAAUGAACUUCAUAUUUCUGGCUUAUUUGCUUUAAUUUUCAUAUUUAGUGGAAACCCACGCUGAAGAGGAUGUUUCCCACACACCUCGCUUUGUACUGUACUUUAUUCAACAUAAACCUUUGUUGGCUUUUCUGUCAGCAGAUUUGAUUUGAGGUCUGUUCACAGAUUUCAGUGCAUGUGCAUCUGCUGAUAUUUGGCAGUCACGCUCAUGUCCUCUGGAUGUUGUUACAUUAAGGUUAUCAUUUCAUAAAUCACCAAAAAAUAUGACAGUAUUUUUAAAGCCUCUCUAUGAAUGAGCCACACACUUCAAAGGUAACGCAGCAAUGUGAUGGAGGAACCUGCUCAGCGGGUUCAAAGUCUUUUAUGGCUUUAUAGUUUACUGAAAUUAAUGGAAAACAAUGGGUUUUUUUCAAUUAGAAAGCAUGUUGGAUUAUAACAAUGUUUUUUUCUUACAUUUCUGAAUACAAAUAAUAGCAUGUACAUUUGGAGAGAACACAUUAUUUGUCCAAAAACAUGCAGGUGAGGUGAACUAUCCCGAUAAUUUCCCAUGGAUGUGAAUGUGAGUGAACGGCUGCCUGUGUGUGUUGUGCACGAUGUAACGUUUGAUUGACAGUCUGCAACGCUUUUUGAGGGGUCAGUAAUUUCCGCUUAAUUUCUAAGAAGUAUCCCAGAAAAAAGAAAUGUAAUGCGGUCGAGAUAACGGCAGAAAUGCAAAGUAAAUUCAUUUAAAUCCUUUUUUUCCUUUGUUAUUAGCAUCGUUGCUCUCCAUAUAAGUUCAAUGUGCUUGACUGUCGUGCAAUUUGACUAAAGCGCUCCAAGUUAUUUGCACCCCGUCUCUGUUUUUAGCGAGGAAUUAUAUUUACAGGGAAAUAUCUCGGGAAUUAUUCUGAAAUUACAGAAACGUAAAAUUUUACAUUUUCACAAGAUUUAAUGCAACAACAACAAAAAAAGCCCAAAAAGUAGUCGCCGCAUCACACAGUACAGGAUUGCUAAUAUUGAAGUUACUCCGUGCUGUAAAAUGUAUAUAAUCUGCAUAUCUUGAGUUUCUCAAAUGUAAAUAUUUGUCUCCACCUGCCGUGUUAUGAGACAAAGCACCCAGAUGUGUGUUCACCUCUGGGUGCUAAGUGACUGCAUGUGCCGGCUCACUCACAUAUGUAUACACUCCAUGUUUGUGUAAAACUGUACACAUACACUACCGUUCAAAAGUUUGGGGUCAUCCAGACAAUUUCGUGUCUUCCAUGAAAACUCACUUUUAUUUAUCAAAUGAAUUGAAAAUUGAAUAGAAAAUAUAGUCAAGACAUUGACAAGGUUAGAAAUAAUGAUUAAUAUUUGAAGUAUUAAUUUUGUUCUUCAAACUUCAAGCUCAAAGGAAGGCUAGUUGUAUAGCUUAUAUCACCAGCAUAACUGUUUUCAGCUGUGCUAACAUAAUUGCACAAGGGUUUUCUAAUCAGAUAUUAGUCUUCUGAGGCGAUUAGCAAACACAAUGUACCAUUAGAACACUGGAGUGAUAGUUGAUGGAAAUGGGCCUCUAUACACCUCUGGAGAUAUUUCAUUAGAAACCAGACGUUUCCACCUAGAAUAGUCAUUUACCACAUUAACAAUGUAUAGUGUGUAUUUUUUAUUUAAUGUUAUCUUUAUUGAAAAAACAGUGCUUUUCUUUGAAAAAUAAAGAAAUUUCUAAGUGACCCCAAACUUUUGAAUGGUAGUGUAUGUGUGUACUCUAUGUAUUUGGCCUAGAUGAUGGGGAUAUUAAUUUUUAAAGGGGCGUUGUCACCCCGUGGUUGUGUUUUGUAUUUAAAGACCUUCGUCAGCGGAUCCCUAAAUACACAUCACAUGAUAAUAUGAUGUGAAUUUGACUUAACACUGCCUUUUGGACACUGUGAACUUUUGGUACUCUAUAUUUUUGUAUAAUGUACACUGUAAAAAUGGAAUAAAUCAAUUCUGGUGCCAAUAUCA